GUGUGAAUACAGAUGAAGAUCCACAAGCGACUCGGUGCACUGCGGACGAUGAAAUGCUUCCCCUGCCAGCUCUCGCACGCUAUUAAAGCCGCCCAGUUGAGCAGCAGUGCCUUGAUGUCAGUCUCUGUCUUUGACCAAGCCGAUAUAAUCUCUACGGUAGAAUUUAACCAUUCUGGAGAGCUACUAGCGACAGGAGACAAAGGAGGCAGAGUUGUCAUCUUUCAACAGGAGCAGGAGAACAAAACCCAGUCUCACAGUAGGGGAGAAUACAAUGUUUACAGUACCUUUCAAAGCCAUGAACCAGAGUUUGACUACUUGAAAAGUUUAGAAAUUGAAGAGAAGAUCAACAAAAUUAGGUGGUUACCCCAGAAAAAUGCUGCUCAAUUUCUAUUGUCUACAAAUGAUAAAACAAUAAAGUUAUGGAAGAUCAGUGAAAGGGACAAAAGACCAGAGGGCUACAAUUUAAAGGAGGAAGAUGGACGGUAUAGGGAUCCUACUACAGUUACAACACUACGGGUGCCAGUGUUCAGGCCCAUGGACCUCAUGGUUGAAGCUAGUCCACGAAGAAUAUUUGCCAAUGCUCACACGUAUCACAUCAAUUCCAUCUCCAUUAAUAGUGAUUAUGAAACAUACUUAUCCGCAGAUGACUUGCGGAUUAAUCUGUGGCAUCUAGAAAUUACAGACAGAAGUUUUAAUAUUGUAGAUAUUAAACCUGCCAACAUGGAAGAGCUGACGGAGGUGAUAACAGCUGCAGAGUUCCACCCGAACAGCUGUAACACGUUUGUAUACAGCAGCAGUAAAGGAACGAUUCGUCUCUGUGACAUGAGAGCAUCAGCACUCUGUGACAGACAUUCGAAAUUGUUUGAAGAACCAGAAGAUCCUAGCAACAGGUCAUUCUUCUCUGAAAUUAUCUCCUCCAUAUCCGAUGUCAAAUUUAGCCAUAGUGGUCGAUAUAUGAUGACUAGAGAUUAUCUAUCAGUGAAGAUCUGGGAUUUAAAUAUGGAAAACAGACCUGUGGAAACAUACCAGGUGCACGAAUACCUCAGAAGUAAACUCUGCUCACUGUAUGAGAAUGACUGCAUUUUUGACAAGUUUGAAUGCUGUUGGAAUGGAUCAGACAGCAUUGUCAUGACGGGAUCUUACAACAAUUUCUUCAGAAUGUUUGACAGAAACACGAAGCGAGACAUCACCUUAGAGGCGUCCCGGGAGAACAACAAACCCCGCACGGUUCUGAAGCCACGUAAAGUUUGUGCAAGCGGGAAGCGAAAGAAGGACGAAAUCAGCGUCGACAGCCUAGACUUCAACAAGAAGAUUCUACACACAGCCUGGCAUCCUAAGGAAAAUAUCAUUGCCGUAGCUACUACAAACAACUUGUAUAUAUUUCAAGACAAAAUGAAUUAGGUUUGGCAUUCCUACCUGAAGAGUCCACUUCCUGCAUAGUUGAAAUAGUUGAAUCUAGCAUUUGUACCUGUAAACGAAAGAGAAUGAGAGAGGUCCAUUAUGGCACCCCUUUCCAGUGUUUAAAAAUGUGCCAUAUGACAACACAUUUUUAUAGCUACAUGGAGAAAGCUCUGUGGAUCGGUCCCUGUGUUCUUCUCCAUGUCUGCUAGCCAUUUAGGUGAGGAUAGGGCACUUUUUAAUUUAAAUGACUACUUGCACCAUCUUGCCUAAUGGACUAGAUUGGACUGUAUCAACAUCGGUUUACUCCACUUUUUAUGCCUUCCAUUGUGAUGACGUCAAACACAGGGAAAGCCUUCAAUCAUGCUAUGGGAUUUAAUUGUGUAACCUCAUUACUGUAUCAUUUGUGGCCCCCUUUUUUAUUAAAUACAGCUCAUUCUUGCUGUGGCUUGUAGCAUUCCUCCUCCUUCUGGCCUCCUGGACUCCCCCUUUCCCUUUUAUCCCCCUCCACCUAGCCCUGGUGGUGGUGUAUAGAAAACAAAACAAAUAAAGCACAUGAAAUGGGUCCGUUUGGGGUCAGUGGUAAAGGGGGUCUGUGUUGCAACAAAUGUUUUAAUAAACAGUUGACUGUAAUCACUCCUUGCCAUGUCUGGCACCAAAAAAAAAGAGAAAAUAAGGAGAAAAACAAACAAACUACUGAAUAAAAGUGACAAAGAAUGGA